GAGAACAUCUUUGAGCGUUAAAACGAAUAAAACUAAGUGCUUCGACUUAGUAAAUCAUGCGGCGACUUAAGUGUUCCGUAUUUAUGUUCCUAUUUCUGAUUAUAUAUGUGCGCGCGUUCAACAUAAUUGGAGUUAACAAGCAAAUGUUGUAUGAAUAUGUCGGAAAUGUGCUUGUCGGUUCAAAGCCACAGGACGAAGGAGACCCCACACCACCAACAACAGGUUGGACUGUCCGCGGUAAAUUAACUUUGCAGCGACAAAGUGAGCUAAUUAUGGCAGCAGCGCUUGUUAUCGACGAUGUUACGCUGAAUAACUCUGGUGACAAAUUUCUUCAAAACAAAGAAAUGUAUCCUCCGUAUAAGCCUUUUAAGAUAGUCUUAACAAAAGAGGGGUUUAUCUCGCAUUUAAUAUUCAAAGAGGCUGAUCCCAUUUGGUCAAUGAAUUUCAAGCGUGCUAUUGCCAGUACUUUGCAGUUUCAAAUGAAAUCCAGCGGUGCAUUUGUUAUAGUCGAGACGGGUAUUCACGGCCACUGUCAGACUGAGUAUUUCGUUUCUAACAAAACCAACUACAUAUCCAUACGUAAAACUCCCGAGCUUAAAACCUGUGUACCGUACUCGGAGGCGGUGCACAUCACGCGCAGCAAUGUGCCACCAAAUACUUGUGAGUUCGAUCAUCAGAAGAGCGUGAUUAUUGGCAACGAGGCUAUCUAUGGCAUUUUACCGCAUAAUGAGACGGGCUACUUUUUGAAUACCGCCCAUGCCAAGGGUACCACGUUGGUGCACACCUUUGAGUCGACCGGUGAAGCUCAGUACAUCAACUCCGAAUUGUCACUCAGCUUUCGCGCUGAGAUCCCUAUAGAAAAUCCAAUUGAUAUUGAGACUUCGAUGUCUGCUGAAGCAUCCAACUUGCAACUCCAGCCCGUUGAGAUAAAUGAUCCGACUGGUGGACGGAAUCCGCAGCAGAAGGAAACGAUCAUCUCAGCCGCUGCCGGCCUGCUAGACAACUUGGCCGAAGCACUGGAGAGCACUGAGUUUAAGUAUGAUGAGCCAUACGAUUCUACACUAUCGGAUGUGAUUAGGCUUCUCAGUCAAAUGGACUUUGAGUCGUUAAAAAAACUCUACACCGAGGUAGAUAUCGGCACCUCCUAUAGGCAAGAGACUAUACGGAAUAUAUUUUAUGAGAUCAUACCACGCAUUGGCACGAAGGCAUCAGUAUUCUUAACCCGUCAUCUAGUUAUCGAAAAGGCCAUAAAAUCACCAAUUGCGGUGCAGCUCCUCAUACCCAUGCCCUUUCACAUUUUCGAACUAUCCGCCGACCUGGUCAAGGAGUGCGAGGAUUUUCUGAGCAUUGGCCCUGAUCGCCCCGAUGUUCGUCAAGCGGCCAUUUUAAGUUUCGCCACACUCGUUUACAACGUGUACGUGGCACGUGGCAUCGACAAGGAUGAGUUCGAGGAAUAUGUACAAAAAUAUUUCAAUCUUUAUCUUAAUGAUCGGGACUAUGAGCAAAAAAUGUUGUACCUUCAGGGACUUAGCAAUCUACAGCUAGGUAACGUUGCCAACUAUUUAGAACCCAUUGUUAUGGACGAAGGCAAUGAGGAUCUUAAAUUUAUGGCCGCUUGGACCACGCUAGCAUUAGCCGACAAGCGUGCCGAGCGCAUCUAUGAGAUCUAUUGGCCGAUCUUCGAGUCACGCAAUGCCAGCCUAGAACUGCGCGUAGCUGCUGUCACCCUUCUGCUCAUAUCCAACCCCACAGCUGCCCGGCUCAUAAGCAUUCAUCGCAUCAUACAGGCCGAAACGGACCCUCACCUAAUCAACUACUAUCGCACCACAGUAAUGAGCAUUUCCGAGACUACAUAUCCCUGCUAUCAGCAUCUACGUCGGUUGCUUUCCUAUAUGCAUCGUCAUUUGCCGCAAAAACCGAAACCUCGGUACUGGGUCACUGGUAAUUAUAUUUUCGACUAUCGCGACUCAAAAUUCGGUAUCGGCGCUAUGCUGCAGACCUUCCUCGUUGGAGAUCCUAGUUCGGAUAUGCCGGUUGUGGCCUACUUCAAGUUCGAUACGGAGGCACUUGGAAAAUUCACUGGUCAGCUGGCAGUCUAUAUUAAGGCUCGUGGCCUGCCCGACGCCAUUUGGCAGACUGUGCAGUCAAAACACAAUGCCACAGAAUACAUCAACGCUAACAGCAUCAAGACUCUGCUUGCAAUGCUUAAAGCACCUAUGGUCAAUGCGAAGAAUCUACACAUUGAGUUUAUUCUGCAAAUGGAAGGCAAGGCGGUACUAUCCUAUUACCUGAAUCAACGCAUGUUCCAGCAGCUUACCUAUGACAACAUUCUGGAUCGACUGCAGCUGCUGAUACGCACCGAUAGCCACAUCAACAUGCAGACGGUGCGCUGGCCCUUCAUGAACAAGUACUCAGUCCCAACAGUGCUAGGCACCUCGUCAGAUGUAAUACUGCAGACCACAGUGCUGACUUCAUUGCGUGGAAACAUAACGGAACACCGCACGCCUCCUGGAAUCAAACAUACCCUGGAAGUUGAUGCUCGUUACUCUUCGUAUUCAUCGGUGCGCAGCCAGAGUUAUAAUCCAUUUUUAAACCUCGACCAUGAGAUCAACCGCGAACAGGGCUUCCUCAUUUACAUACCCUUCAACAGUGAUUUGACCCUUAAUGAGACUGCUCGCUGUGCAACCUACACUUUUGCCCGUCCACAAAACCUUACUAGUGGCCUCACCUUUAAAUCGCGUGCGGUGACCUCGACACGUGGACUGAUGACCAAAACAGCUGGUCUCUUUGAAGAAAUCAUGUUUCCAGAACGUCGUAGCCAGUUGUUUCAGCCCAUCAGCUAUGCUCUCCCAGAUUUGGGUGUAAAUUUGACCAUGAAUAUUAAUCUGAAGGAAAUAAUGAAAUUCCGGGGCAUGCUGCUAAAGUCAGAGUUUAUAGAAAAUGGCUUCGCACGCAACAUGAUAGUUAGCCUGAUGAUGUAUAUCUUUGGUUUCACCCAACUUAGCUCCAUUCACUUGGGACACGACCGCAACUUUACUUUGCUCAUUUACAAUAAGAAUACCACACAGGUUAACGGCGUUGUCUGUAUGGAGAACGUGCGAAAAACCCCCGAGCUUAUGGAAAAACUAAUCAAUUUUAGCCUAGAGCACAAGGGUGAGCCACAAAAAAACCAGGUGUUGCACAAGUGGAGUAUCACAUUGGACGUCCUGACUUCGACCAAGUCAAACUGGUUCAAGGUUAUUGGUAAUCUACAGCGGAACUCAAUAGAUGACGCGGAGGAUUGGAAGGCCUGCUCGAAGUUAACUUACGAACCACUUGUCUUAACCAAACGCCCGCACACGUUGAAUGGUUUUGUGGUAUUUGGUCUAGUCGGUGGAAACAGCGAAUGUCCAGAGCAGGGAUCCAAGGUGCAAUUUGGCGUACGGGCUGGACCCUCAGAGCAUGCUCGUGAUUUUCGGCACUCCAACAAGAUUUCCCUAAUGGACACUAAAACUUGUCCCAUCGAAGUGCUUAAAUUCACACCCAUUCCUACUUCGCGGUAUUGCAAGCGUAACAAUUUUGAAAACUUCACAUCCAUAACACAGUAUGACGUUGAUGUGAAGUUCAAUAAAAUGCCCGCUUGGUUUGAGCUUUGGUCGACGCGGGUCGAUCACUUGGUUUCAUCGCUUUCCUCGCAUAAAGUACAUAGCUUACACAUGAAUCAAGAGCUCAAUAUAAGCAUGCAAAUGCCACGUGAUAAUUUUUGGAUUAAUGUGGAGAUGAACGGUGUGAGCUGGCGUAUUUAUCACAUACCAUUUUUAUUUAGGCUUGACUCUACGUUUGAUGCCUCGAACGAAUUGAGCUACGAUACUGGAUUGAAGCGCUCAUGCUCAGUAAUCAAUGGCAUGGUAAAUUCUUUCGAUGAUCAUUUGAUUAAUCUGGAAGAUUUUAUGGCGCAGUCAGAUUGCCUAACACUGCUCUUUGCAGACUGUUCGCCAAUGCCAAAAAUAGCUGUAUUUGUUACCCAACAGAAUAAUACCAACAGUAUGGGUAACAAUUACGGUCUCCGUGUGUACUUUGGAGAGAACUUUUUUGAAUUUCGAGCACGUAACGGCAAGUUCAGUCAGUCGGAUGAGCAUCCCGUAAUUAUUUAUCUCAAUCAGGAGCGAAUACCGCACGAUCUCCGCUUGAAGCCCUAUCAGUGGCCUAUAGAUACAAGCGACUAUGCUUUCCGUGUAGAGCUCAAUGAACAAAGCUUGCUAAUUGUAGAGUGCACGAAAUUAAGCUCCACCAUUCAAUUCGAUAUGUAUAGCAUUUUAAAUUUCGAGAUCUACAGUGUUUACAAGCAUCAGAUGUGCGGCUUAUGCAGUAAGCCCCUCAAUCCGAUACUGAACUAUACGUUUUGUGACCAGGAUACGAGUCCAUCAGCGCUAGUACCAGCAACAAUAACGACGACAAUACCGGCAAUGUUGACAGCGCGUAAACGGAAUACCUCAGAAAUUACGGUACCCUAAACUUGAUAAUCCACACUUUAGAUAAAAAUCAACGAAGAAUGUAAGGACGACUUAGACUUUUAGAUAAAACUAUUUCUUAAUGACAAACAUUAGUAGUUAACUGUACUAAUAAAUAAUUAGUAAGUAAAUAAAACAAUAGACAAUUGUUUAAUUGUUUUCUAAGUUUGUCGAAUCAAAAAUGCACCAUAUGUAAUUUUAACAUUGGAUAUAUAUACGCAAUUUCGCAAAAGUAUCAUACGUCAAAAACCCAAAUUGUACAACAAAGCGUUCUUUCCGAUAUACUUGUGGAUUCUCUCAUACAAACUCAAAUGUGUAAAUCGUUAAAUCCUUACAAUUAUAGGGAAUAUUAUUAUAAUAUUAUACCAAAUGCGUUAAAAUAAAAAGUGACACACGAUACUUUCGCGGAAAAAUUUCUUAAUUUUA